ACCGAAUUUUCAACCUGAAACGUGUGGAAAUGCGCUGACGUGUCGCUUCUCUCCGCCAGGGGGCGUACGAGCUGUUGACGUGGAGCAGAGGCGCGUCACAGACAUGGCGGCGCUCACUGAGGAGCAGUUCGACCAGGAGAUGCCUGACUGCGUUAUCCAACUGAUUGAGGGAGAAAUCGGCGGCGAUUUGAAAUCGCUGAAGAAUGUCAAGGGUCUGCUGGAGAGGCUGACGGCGGAGAACAAACGCCUGGAGGAGCAGGUGCUUACUAUCUCCAGCUCUGUGCCCCCCCGCGUGUCUGCGGCAUUGUCGGCAGCGGAGGACUCCCAGCAGGCCCUGGAAGGGAUCCUCCAGAGGGAGCGGGCCCUGUCCAACACCCUGCAGCAGCACCUGCAAGGCGCCCAGGCCUGGGCCGACAGCCUGGGGCAGACCCUGGGCCAGCUGGACACCAUCGAGCGCCACCUCAAGUAUCUACAGUGCCUCUCCUAUAUUGAGGAGCUGAGUGACAGCAUCCAGCAGUUCCUCAUGACCAGCAGCAUAUGGGAGGCAGUGGGGGCUGUGGGGCAGAUGGCCAAACUGGACCUCAGCCUGCAGGAGUCGGGCUGCACACACCUGAAGUCCUAUGUCCGGGAGACGCUGCAGUUCUGGCACAAGAUUCUCAAAGACCGGCUGUCUGGUGACCUUGAGGAGGUGCUAACCCAGCUGCAGUGGCCAUUCCUGUCUCCCCCUGUGGCCUCCCUCUCGCCCCCCACCAAUGGCCCGGACCUCCACACUCAGCUGGAGCUUCUGGUCUCCCAGCUUCUGUCCCUUCAGACCUCUGAUGACCUCAUUUCAGAGAAGAGGUCUCCCCCUCCACGCCCAGGCCUCGCUCCAGGUCCACCCCUGUCUCUUCCUAUACAGAUUAUGAUGUUGCCGCUCAGCAAGAGGUUCCGGUACCACUUCAGCGGCAACCGGCAAACCAAUUCACUCAGCAAGCCGGAGUGGUACCUGACACAGGUUCUCAUGUGGAUGGGAUACAACUCCAAGUUUAUGGAGGAGAAGAUCCAGCCCAUUUUGGACCAUGCUGGAACCAAGACCAAUGCAAAGGUGGAGCUGUGCCGUGGGCUUCUCUGUCUAGUGCAGGAGAAGCUGGCGUUGGAUGCACCGAGGCUACUCUAUGAUGACGCCCUCUUUUGUCACCUGGUGGACGAGGUUCUGCAGUUUGAGCGGGAGCUUCGCGGCACACACACAUAUCCCAGCAUCCUGUCCGGCGCUUUGCCCAUUCUGCUAGAGGAGUCUGUCUUUCAGAAGUGGCUCAGUGUGGAGAGGAAGAUGGCCCUGGAAAAGGUAGAUGCCAUGCUCUCAGCUGAGGGUGCAUGGUGCUCCCAGUACAAAGACAUCACGGACAUGGAUGAGCUGAAGGCCCCUGACUGUGCUGAAACCUUCAUGACCCUACUGCUUGUCAUCACAGACCGAUACCGUUCACUGCCCUGCUCGCGGGCCCAGCUCAGUUUCUUGGCCCUGCAGAGAGAGCUGGUGGACGACUUCCGCAUCCGACUCACCCAGGUGAUGAAGGAGGAGUCCCGCAGGCCGCUGGGUGGGCGCUACUGUGCCAUCCUUAACGCCGCCAACUACAUCUCUACCGUGCUGUCCGACUGGGCUGACAAUGUGUUCUUCCUGCAGCUGCAGCAGGCGGCCGUGUCCCUGGGGGAUGAGGUUUUUGGCCCCCUGGGGGCCACUGAAGUAGGACGGCUGGCCUCCCUGGAGGGGUCACUGUUUGAGGAGCUGCAGGCACUCCUGGAGCGUUUGCGGGGUGACAUGAUGGGCCGCCUCCUCGAUGCCGUCAUGAGAGAGGUGCAAGAAAAGGCCCAACCCUACUGUAAGGACAGGUGGCUCUCCAUGCCCAUGCAGUCUGACCAGGCCGCCAUGUCACUGUCCAGCUCAGCGUGUCCCAUGAUGCUCUGCCUGCGUGACCGGCUGCUACAGCUGCAGCAGCUACUCUGUCUGCCGCUGUUCCAGAGCUUCUGGCAGGGCCUGGCUGAGAAAUUAGACCUUUUACUCUACCAGGAUGUGAUCCUCUACAACCACUUUAACGAGGGUGGGGCUGCACAGCUGCAGUUUGACAUGACGAGGAAUCUGUUCCCCCUCUUUGGACACUACUGCAAGAGGCCAGAUAAUUACUUCAAGCAGGUGAAGGAGGCCUGCAUCAUCCUGACCCUCAACCUGGGAUCCGCCCUCCUGCUGAGGGAUGUCCUGCAGCAGAACCAGGAGGCAGAUGGGGUCUCCAGUGCCAGUCAGCCCCUCCCGGAGUGCGCCCUCAACGAGCUGGGCGUGUACCGCCUGGCGGCUAGCGACGUGGAGAUCCUGCUGGGCUUGAGGGCGUCCUGGCCAGGCCAGUGAGAUGUUAUGCAGAGUGAGCAGAGAGAGGCAGACUCGAGGCUGGAUGGAUUCUGUUCCACCAUCACUAGGGCACCUGCCCAUCAUCUAAUGCAGCAUAACUGGUACAUUUUGACUGCUGUUUUAGGCAGUCUGCUGUAUUGUACCAUCACUGAAACUGCCAUAUAAUCACAAUGAUCCUAUGUUCAGUAAGGAAAUAAAUUUUUCCAGUGAGUAAA